AUGCCUCAACAUCGCAACACGCUGCGUAUUCACACCGGGCCGUUCCGAGCCCGGGGCGCGGGGCGUAUUUACAACGGCCGGGGAUUGCAUGGCUUGCUGGGGCCGUUAGUGAAUGAAGCCUGUUUGCUGAUCGGCCAGAUGAAGGAUGUAGCCGUACCUGUCCCCCCAAAGGUCAAACCGGGGACCAUCUGCAGACACCACUUCAUGACCAUAAGCCAAUCGGCAAAAGUUUUGGCUCGACUGGGCCACCAUGUUACCUUCUUAUCCUCAAACGAUGCACCUAAGUGGCAGCAGGCAGACGACGCGGAUUUGUUCUCGCACGUCGUCUUCAAAUCACGCUACACUCAGAAUGACGUAAAUAACGCAGCACAGGAGUUAUCCCGCACCACGCUGAGAGGUGAAAGCAGGAAUGGUUUUUUUAUAUUCAACACGAUUUACGACUCCGUUGUCUACGGAAACCCUUCUAUAGUCGAUGUAUUUUUAGGACAAUGUGACGACUUACUCUCGGACGACCUCGUCAUUGCGAAGCUGAGAUCGGAGGAGUUUGACAUGCUGGUCGGCGAUUCCAGUAACCUUUGCAACUCAAUAUUGGCUCAGAAACUUAACAUACCUUUUGUCCUGUGCAGUAGUCUACCAUCAAUACCAGCCGAAAAUAGACUGUAUUACGGAGUCCCAGCAGAUCCAUCAUACAUCCCAGAGUAUACCACAAGAUACACCGACAAAAUGACCUUCUUUCAACGGGUCCAUAAUGUCUUAAGCUACGGCAUGAUGGACUUUCUUCUACGCCAAUAUCUGGAAAUGUAUUAUCCACUGAAAGUCAAACACAACAUCAAGCCUGAGAUGAGUAUGCUGGAUUCUCAGCGCCAAGCUGAGAUAAUGUUCGUCAAUGGGAAUUAUCCUCUGGAGACGGCCCGCCCACUUAACCCCAACAUAAUUUUCACCAACCCCGUUGUUGGGUUACCAAGUAACCAAGUGCAGUGUCAGUAG